CCGCCCACAAAAUGUAAGACAAGCAAUUUCAGGCUCUUGGUUAGACAUGGCGUGGUCGUCGUAACCAUCCAGUAUCGCCUAGGAUUUCUCGGCUAUUUCUGUACCGGUGAUGAUGUCGCUAAGGGUAACUACGGUUUAUGGGAUCAGUAUGAGGCUUUAAAAUGGACCAAGGAAAAUAUUCACCAUUUUGGUGGUGACCCAAAUCGGAUCACUGUUGCUGGACAAAGCGCUGGAGCCGUGUCGACUGAUCUGCUAUCAUUGUCUCCAUUAUCUAGAGACAUGUUCCAACGAAAAAUUGUGAUGGGUGGGAGCACAUUUUGCUAUUGGUCCACGACCACGAAAGAAAAAUGUGCCGAUUACUGUCGACGAAAAGCGUUGAAGUUGGGUUGGAAACCGAAGGAAGGCGGUUAUGAAAGUCAUGAAGAAGAAAGCAAAGACAUGCUGAAGUUUAUGAGGAGUGUACCAGCCCACAGACUCGCCCUCCACAUGAUCGGAAAUCGAGUCUUCUUUACCGAGGCUCGACUACCCCUUACUCCCAUCGUCGACGGGGAGAUCCUUCCUAAACCAAUUCCUGAACUACGGGCUGAAGCUCCAACGAUGGAGUCGAUUUGUGGAGUUGGUCAACAGGAGUCACUACUUUUCUGUGCACUUGGAGCGAUAAAAGGUACUGGAAAGGAUAUGGAUAAGGUAGUGCACGAGUUGGCCCGGCAAUCAGGCCUGAGCAUUGUGGAGGUGGAGAAUAUCAUGGGAAAAUUAUAUGGGGAUUUGGAUGUGUUACGUAAAGACCGAAAGGCUAUGCAGGAAGCCUAUGUUACGUGCACCUCCGACAUAUUCUCCAACUACGGCUGCUACAAAUAUCUCCAACACAGCCAACAACACAAUAAGUCUACUUACGCUUACAACUUUACCUACACUAGCAAAUUUAUGUGGGGAUGGUUAAUGGCUACGACUCCCUUCCUGUCCGGGACCCACAGCUCAGAUAUAAUUUACUUGUUUGACUGUAACUACUACUCUUCACCGUUCCCGAUGAGCAAACCGGAUAGGAAGGUUGCUGAAAUGACCAGUGCUGCAUUUAUGGCAUUUGUCAAGACUGGGUAA